AUGGCGCACUCGGCCGCAGUCAUCGGCUCAACCGGCCUCGUGGGUUCCCACAUCCUCUCGUCCCUCAUCACCUCCGAGGCCUUCGCCGUCAUCAACACAAUCUCGCGCCGUCCGCCCAAGGCCGGCGGCCUCACCCUCAAGCCCAUCAUCGAGCCCGACACCACGGCCUGGCCGCCGAAGCUGGCCGCCCUCCAGCCGCUGCCGACCGUCGUCUUCUCCGCCCUCGGCACCACCCGCGCCGCCGCCGGCAGCAUCGCCGAGCAGUGGAAGAUCGACCACGACCUCAACGUCGAACUCGUCAAGGCCGCCAAGGCCGCCGGCGUCAAGGCCUUCGUCUUCGUCUCGAGCGCCGGCACCCGCGGCGUCAUCUCCGGCCAGGCCCCCUACUGCAAGAUGAAGAACGGCGUCGAGGACGCCAUCAAGGAGGCCGGCUUCGACCACGGCAUCAUCCUCAAGCCGGGGAUGAUCCUCGGCCAACGCGAGCAGAGCCGCGGCGCCGGCGAGGGCAUCUUCCAGACCGCCGUCAAGACCCUCGGCCUCGUCAGCCGCAACGUCCAGGACAGCCUGGGCCAGGACGCCGAGGUCAUUGCGCGCGCCGCCGUGCACGCCGGCAUCCUCGUCGAGCAGGGCAAGGCGCCCAACGGCCUGUGGGUGAUUGAGGCCGCAGACAUUGUGCGCCUGGGCCGGACGGAGUGGAAGCACGGCGCGUGGCCGCGGUCGUAG